CAGCAGCAGCAACCAUCAUCCACAAAAAUAGCAGUUGAAUUCACUCAACAACAAAAUGUGGUUGUUGAUACAUAUGUCGUGAAAUUGUUUCUACCCAGCCCAGUUGGGUGCAGAAUACCACAAUCAUUCCUAAAAAAAAACAAGGAUAAUUAG